AGCCCAGGAGACUGGGUUGUACUUUGUUUUAAUGACAUGUAUUGUUAUGGUUAUUGCUUCAUCACUCGGAUAAUAAAAGCUGCAUAGUGCACGUAGUCAUUUAAAGCCAGUGUACUCCAUGUACUAAUGUAAGCCCCGAACCAGACAAACCACACAUUUGGACAAAAAGCGCACGCGGUUGCUUAUUCUUCUGUACAAGAACUUCCCAGCGAAGUUUCCAUAUAUGCUCAUAUGACCACACAGGGCUGGCUUAACAUCUGACUGGACUAUACUCAUUGUCUUGGUCAUGUGUGGACUGGAACGUGAGAGCAGGAAAUAAAGCGCGCUCCCUCGUUUGGUGGCACUGUGUGCGUAAGAGGGAAGUGAACCUAACCUACUUUCUACUUUCUACUUUUUCAAAACGCUGUAUGUGUGAAAUGCUCGGCGCUCGGAGGUAGUUUCCCAUUGGUUGUAAAGACAGGGUUUGUUGGUUAUUUUAAGAAACACAAUCGGCGUCAAACAGAGUAAAGGGAAAUGUUGAGCAGGAUAAUCGGACAGGCGCAGUUCUUAUGAGACACGGGAGGAGGAAGAGGCCACGAACAGUAGCGUCUUUCAAUGUUUUGACAUUUUGAUGUAACUGAAGCCCUGCUUGAUCAUGGCCCAGUGGGUGCACAUGUCCCAGCUGAUUCCAUCUCUGUCUGAUGAGACUAUCAACAACCUCUAUCCCCCAUCUGCCUUCCCCAUUGAAGUCAGACAUUUUUUAGCAGAAUGGAUUGAGAGCCAAAGAUGGGAUGACUUUGUGCUGGAAAAGGUGGAGCAGGAGAGCCAGGCUCAGGCUCUUUUGGAGCAGACCAUCAGCAUGCUGCAGUCGAUCGCUCAGCAUAACGCCAAUGUGGUGGACAGGAUGAAGUUGUUGCAGAUCAGCAGACACAUGCUUGCUUUACAGACUAUGUUUCAGCAGCAGCCUCUUCAGUUUGGAGUGAUGGUCAGGGACAUCCUCAGGAAGGAGAGGGUCCUGUUUAGCACGCCCACUCAGUACUCGAGCAGAGGGUCUUCAAUCCCAAACAUGCAGGACGUAGACCACCUGGUUCUGAAGGUGCUGGAGGUCCAGGAGAUCCGAAAAAAGAUGCACCAGCUGCAAGAAGAGCUCAACUGGGAGAGGCAGAAUUGUGAGGUUUUACAAGAGAACCAGAAACUCCAGAACCACAUCCAGAACCUGGAGUACAAUGUGAAAGCAAUGGCCACAAAGCGUUUCCAUCUGCUGAAGGAGUGUGUGGACUGUCUGGACCAGUGUCAGACUCGACUGAUCAGCAGGCUGAAGGCGUGGAGGUGGGAGCAGUACAAGGCUACCAUUGGACAUCCCUUUGAAGAUGACCUCAACCCCAUGCAGACCUGGUGUGAGCAGCUGCUUGGGGUGAAUGGGAAGCUGAGACAGGAAUUGAUGCUGAUAGGAGAACAAAUCCCAGAUCUCCAGGAGAGGCUGGGGAAACUUCUGAAGGUUCUGAUUCAAAGUUCUCUUGUAGUGGAUAAGCAGCCCCCACAGGUUAUUAAGACUCAGUCAAAGUUCUCCACUACUGUGCGAUAUCUUCUGGGUGAGAAGGUAGUUCCCGGGAUGCCUGUGAUGCUGAAGGCGCAAAUCAUUAAUGAACUGCAGGCCCGAAACCUGGGCAGUGUACCCAGUGAUCAUGUUGGGGAACUGAUCAACAACUCAGCCAUCUUAGAACACAACACAGCCAGCAAGACCACGUGUGCCACCUUCAGAAAUAUGUCUAUCAAAAGAAUCAAGAGAGCAGACAGAAAGGGAUCAGAGUCUGUGACGGAGGAGAAAUUUGCUCUCCUGUUCUCUGCAGAGAUCACCAUCACCGGCUGUGACACUCCCUACAGGAUACAGAUGAUCUCACUGCCUGUGGUUGUCAUUGUCCACGGAAGUCAAGACAACAACGCUCUGGCCACCAUCAUAUGGGACUGUGCUUUUUCAGAACCAGACAGAGUGCCGUUCAUGGUGCCGGAGCGUGUACCCUGGAGGAUGAUGUGCAGCACUCUCAACAGUAAAUUCACCUCCGAGGUCCAGACUCAGCACAAUCUGGACCAGUACAACCAGCAUUUUUUGGCCCAGAAGAUCUUCGAUGAACCCGACUUUGUAGACGACUUCAGCAACAUGAUGGUUUCCUGGGCCCAGUUUAAUAAGGAGGUCCUCCCAGGUCGAACGUUCACUUUCUGGCAAUGGUUUGAAGGAGUAAUGGAGCUGACCAAGAAGCACCUGAAAAGCUACUGGAGCGAAGGGCUAAUAUUUGGUUUCAUUGGGAAGCAGCAUCUUCACCUGAUUCUCAAAGACAGGCCCAAUGGGACGUUCUUGCUCCGCUUUAGUGACUCUGAGAUUGGAGGAAUCACCAUUGCUUAUGUGUCUGCCAGUGAGAAUGGGGGACAGAAAAUCCAAAACAUCCAACCCUUCACUAAGAGAGAUCUUGAGAUCCGUAGCCUUGGUGACCGCAUCCGUGACAUCAAUCACAUAACAGUCCUAUAUCCUGAGUAUCCUAAACAUGAAGUUUUCAAAAAAUUCUACUCAGAGCCUCAAGCGUCACCCGGCGGGGGUUACAUCCCUGUGUCACUGCAUACUAAAGUCGGCACGGAAGCUGGCUCAGCCACACCCCCGCCCCUUGUCAUAGCAUCUAUGGCUGAUAGCCCUCACAGUUCUGUCAACUUCCCUGUGCAUUCGUUCCAGCCACCAUUCAGCCCCCCAGAGUCCAUCACUCAAGACACCACGUGUAGUACUGAUGUGGAGUUCAGCACAAACGAUGAACAAUUCAGUGAACACAUUCCUCCAGGUAACAAUAUGGAUCUAGAUUUGGAAAGUAUUCUCCAGACUCUGGAUCCUUAGGAGGCUUUCCCAUCAAAGCUGUUUUUGGAGUGCAAAGCAGACUAACUAGAGACCAGAGUCACACCCAUCUCUUACCUUCCCACGAGUCUCAUCAUUUGUGCAGACAUUCCUCCACUUUUAUCCAUCCAUCUUCAUGUACUUUUGAGUAAAAACACACUGACGACAAUCUGAUUUCUGUAGGACUCACUGUGAAUAGGAAAUCAUUCUAAGGACAAAGAACUGAGAACACGCCAGAAAGAAAAGCGCUGUCAUCACUGUGCACUUUUUUUUUUUUUUUUUUUUUUUUUUUUUUUUUUUAAAAACCUUUUCUCCUCCUCUCCUCUGUUGAGACUGAUGUCUUUGUUUGCUUUAAGAAUAUUUAGGAAAAUAAGUGAAUUACAGCAGCAAGGACCAAACAUGUGACAGCAGACAGUGGGAAGACAAAGGUAACAUGACAUCACCAAGCAGUGGAUAGUCAGCUCUUAUUUUCAGGUUGUAGAACAAGUUGCCCUGUGUGCUUGUUCCAUGAUGCAUGAUGAAGCAGACACAUUUCAAUAGUAUGCCAUUAUUAUUUAUAACCCUUCUUUAUGAUUCACAAGGCCUCAGCUAUAGCAUGUUGGUAUGCAUGGAAAUUAUUCCAUAGUUCGGCCAUGGGUCAGUGUUUCUGACCCUAACCUGUUCUGUACUAUAUUGAGGAACAUACAAACUAUAAGCUGUUUCAUCGCCGCCGGUGAAACAAGACCAAGAUUGAUGGACACUUAACAACAGAAGUGGUGAGGAUGGUAGUGGACAAUGCUAACAAGAUAUCUUGUCGAAUUAAUGGCUAAUUUGUAUUUUCUGAUUCAAGUGUAUAUACAGUAUAUAGAUGUAUAAUUUUUUUUUAAGCUUUUGUUGGUUAAUCUGAAUGUUUUUGGCCCUUUUCUCUCAAGCAUGUAUCACCUCCCUGUAAUUGAGCAUAGAGUAAAUGUUACAUGGUAUACAUUUUAAUUUUGGAUUUUAGAAGCCUGAAUGCACAAAAAAGGACUGCGUUACUGUCUGUGAGUCAUAGGAAAACAUCGUAGGUAUUAAGAACCAUCUUAGGGUUGUAUUUAUCACCUUUUGCUCUAAAUCUGAUUUUGUUCAGAUUUUAGCAGCUUUCAUUCACAUCUGAAUGAAAUCUGUAAACAAAAGUCUGGUUUUUGUAAAAAAAAAAAAAAAAAAAAAAAA